GCACCUGGCUGGGAACUGGGAAGUGUCCGUUGACUCUAAUUUUACCAAAACGGAUGAACUGAAGGAAUAUAGAAUCUCCAGCACACAAUUACAAUUACCAUUGUAGUAGAACUAACUAGCUAGUUAUAGUACUUUUCUGAUAGGUUCCGAUUCCUAACUAAUUUUGGUUCUCCUUUUCCUGAAUUGAUUUGGUUGGUAAUGCUUGAGAAGUAUUCAGUUCAAUGUACCUGGACAAAAUCCAGUGAAAUGUUUAGAUUUAGGCCGUCAUUCAGACCCCUUCCUUGUCUAUUAAACUCCCUCCCCCGGAAAAACCCCUCCUUUGGCUUUGGCAUUCCUACCAAACCCAUCGUUCCACCACCACCACAACUUAUGGCGUCGUCCGUCUCCACUGUUUCCACCCAAAACGACGUGGUUGUUCCGCCCAAGGAUGACACCCCUCAGCCCCCUUUGCAGGUUGCAAAGCGACUAGAGAAAUUCAAAACUACCAUUUUCACGCAAAUGAGUAUGCUGGCAAUUAAGCAUGGAGCUAUCAAUCUUGGGCAAGGCUUCCCCAAUUUUGAUGGACCUGAAUUUGUCAAGGAAGCAGCUAUUCAAGCCAUUAAAGAUGGAAAAAAUCAAUAUGCACGAGGAUACGGUGUGCCAGACCUCAAUUCUGCUAUUGCUGCUAGGUUCGAGAAAGACACUGGAAUUAGGGUAAAUGCUGAGAAAGAAGUAACUGUGACCUCAGGAUGCACUGAAGCUAUUGCUGCAACCAUUUUGGGCUUGAUAAAUCCGGGUGAUGAAGUAAUUCUUUUUGCUCCUUUUUAUGACUCCUAUGAAGCUACACUGUCGAUGGCUGGUGCUAAAAUAAAGAGUGUGACACUAAGGCCUCCAGAUUUUUCAGUUCCUCUUGAUGAGCUCAAAUCACUGGUAUCCAAAAAUACCCGAGCCAUCCUUAUGAAUACUCCGCAUAACCCCACGGGGAAGAUGUUCACUCGGGAAGAACUCAAUGCGAUAGCUUCAUUGUGCAUUGAAAAUGAUGUUUUGGUUUUCAGUGAUGAAGUUUAUGACAAACUGGCUUUUGAAAUGGAUCACAUCUCUAUAGCUUCUCUUCCGGGGAUGUUUGAGAGGACUGUCACAAUGAAUUCACUAGGGAAGACGUUUUCACUGACAGGUUGGAAAAUUGGUUGGGCAAUAGCACCCCCUCACUUGACUUGGGGCGUGAGGCAAGCUCACUCAUAUCUAACCUUUGCAACAUCAACCCCUAUGCAAUAUGCAGCAUCUACGGCCCUUAGUUGCCCAGAUUCAUACUAUGAGGAGCUGAAGCGUGACUACAUGGCAAAGAAAGCAAUCCUUGUGGAUGGAUUGAAGGCUGCAGGUUUCAUUGUGUACCCGUCCAGUGGAACUUAUUUUGUCAUGGUGGAUCACACCCCGUUUGGGCUGGAGAAUGAUGUUGCCUUUUGUGAGUAUCUAAUCAAGGAAGUUGGAGUCGUGGCCAUUCCAACAAGUGUAUUUUAUCUGAAUCCUGAAGAGGGAAAGAAUCUUGUAAGGUUUACUUUCUGCAAAGAUGAAGAAACUCUCAGGAGUGCUGUUGAGAGGAUGAGAGAAAAGCUCACUAAGAAGUUAUGAGCAUACUGGCAAUUUUUUUAAUGCUUGUAUUUGAUGGUAUAUCAUUAUUGCUAAUGCAGUUAAUUUUAUGCUGCUUUGAAUAAUCAGUAGCGAUUUGUACUCAUUGACGAGGAAUCAAUCUAGUCUCUAAACUUGAGCAUUUGGAAUCAAGAGAUGCAGUUAGUUAAUUUGGUACUUCAUGAAUUCAGUAGGGAAAUUUCUGCCUUUCAUGGAGGCUGAAAAAUAGAGUAGCUUCCAUCCCAUUGUGAAUGACUUGCUUAAAAUGUUUGGAAUAGGAGGGCAGAAAUUUCCUAAUUAUAUCUAUAACCGGGUUCGAUUCCCACCAGGGGUUGUAAGGGAGAGUUUUAUCCAAAAUUUUAAGCAAUAGAUAUAAUUA